UUCCCCAGAUAGUUUUGUCGUUUAAUAGUGGAAGAGCGUGUGGACUCACACUGUGAGUGCAUGAAUCAAGGAAGCAGGUGAGAUCCCCAGCCAGUCGGAUUUUCCAGAGAUAGUCACCCCAUGCUGUACCCCUAACAAGCUGCUUAUUUAAGGCAUUGGCAGACUUUUCCCUCACCGUGCAUUUGCCAAACCACAACUAAGAGCUUUCCAUUUAGCCACGGAAGGAAAAUCUUGAAAGCAAUUCAUGAAUCUACACUAAAACCACUAGAGCUAUAAUUAAAUCAACUCUUAAAGUAGUGUAACUCUUUUUAUGGCUGAAAUAGCAGUCUUUAUUUUAAGCACCAUUGGAGAAAGAGGAGGAGAGUGGCAAACAUUUCCAUGUGAAGGCUUGGAAACUCUUUUCAGCGCACUAAACAUUCACCAAGGCUUCCUGUGAGCGCUGGAGUUUGUCCUUUCCCUGCUAGCUGCAUUUUCAUCCCGUUUGACCUCCAGCAGCCGGCUGAAAACCCGACAGCAGCUGUCUUCGGGUGAAGGACAUCGGUGGGACAGCGGGUACCGAGGACGGGCGGACAGCGAGUGAGCAGCGAGGCGCGAUGAGGCAGAGCCGGCAGCCCGGGCGGCCGCCCCGAGCGCUGCUCGCCCCCGCCCAGCAGACGCGGAGCACCUGCGGGGCCCGUGCCUGGCGGCGGGGCGGUCUCGGCCGGGGGCUGCCCGGGGCGGCGCGCAGCCCGCGCCGUGUCCCCGGAGGCUCGCCCGCUCCCCGCCCCGCCGCGCCGCGGCCCGGCCCUCCUCGCCGGGCGCAGCCGGCCCGUGCGCGGUGCUGCGGAGCGGCGCGCAGCCCCCGCGGGAUGGCGGGGCUCUGCCUGUGCCUGUGGCUGUGCCUGUGCACGGCGGCGGCGGAGCUGCGGCUGACCCUGCUGCACACCAACGACGUGCACGGGCGGGUGGAGGCGCAGGGCGGGGGCCCGCGGCGCUGCGCGGCCGGAGCGCCGGGAUGCUUCGGCGGCGUGGCGCGGAGAGCGGCGCGGGUGGCGGCGGAGCGGGCCGCGCACCGCAACGUGCUGCUGCUGGACGCCGGGGACCAGUACCAGGGCACCGUGUGGUUCUCCCGCUUCAAGGGCCGGGAGGCGGUCCACUUCAUGAACCUCCUGCGCUACGAUGCCAUGGCUUUGGGUAACCAUGAGUUUGAUGAAGGUGUGAGUGGAUUAUUGGAUCCUCUUCUUAAAAAUGCAAAUUUUACAGUCCUGAGUGCAAAUAUUAAAGGGAAAACUCCAUUAGGAAACGAAAUGAUGAAAUAUGUUCAUCCUUUUAAAAUAGUUCAUUUUGACUCAGAAUCAGUUGGAAUUGUUGGCUACACUACAAAGGAAACUUCUUUUCUUUCACAGCCAGGGGAUGAUGUAACUUUUGAAGAUGAAAUUGAAGCAUUGCAACUGCAAGUGAAUAAACUUACUGCUAUGGGAGUGAACAAAAUAAUUGCACUAGGACAUUCUGGUUUUACUGUGGACAAAAAUAUUGCUCAAAAAGUGAAAGGAGUGGAUGUUGUGAUUGGAGGACAUACAAACACAUUUCUCUAUACAGGCACCCCACCCUCCACUGAACAGCCAGAGGGCCCAUAUCCAUUCAUGGUUGACUCAGAUGAUGGGAGGAAGGUGCCAGUUGUACAAGCUUAUGCUUAUGGAAAAUAUCUUGGUUACUUAAAUGUUACAUUUGACAAGAAAGGAAAUGUAGUUGAAGCAGUUGGAAACCCCAUUCUGCUGGACAGCAGCUUUCCUGAAGACGAGCACAUUAAGGAAGAAGUGGAAAAAUGGAGAGAAAACCUGGGGAAUUAUUCAGAAGAGAUUGGAAAAACUAGUGUUUACCUGAAUGGUACAAGCCAAGCAUGCCGUUUCCACGAAUGUAACAUGGGAAAUUUGCUUUGUGAUGCUAUGCUUUAUGAGAAUGUCAGGCAUCCGGGUAAGAAGACGUGGAACCACGUUUCAAUGUGCAUCCUGAACGGAGGUGGGAUACGGUCACCCAUUGAUGAGCAGAGCACUAAUGGUAGCAUUACCAUGGAAGAUUUGCUGUCUGUUCUGCCAUUUGGAGGUCGCUUUGAUAUGGUGACAUUAAAAGGCUCCACACUGAAAGAAGCUUUUGAGCACAGUGUGAGGAGAUAUGGAGUAGGAAGUGGAGAGCUGCUGCAGGUUGGAGGCAUCCACGUGGUCUAUGAUCUCUCCAGAGCCCCAGGAAGCAGAGUUGUGAGCUUAGAAGUGCUUUGCACAGCGUGCCGAGUCCCAGCCUAUGUCCCACUCCAGAUGGAUGAAAUAUACAAUGUGACUCUGCCCUCCUACCUGUUAUUUGGAGGAGAUGACUACAGUAUGCUGAAAGACAAAAAUCUGGGAUACAGUAAAGGUGAACCUGACAUUGAGGUUGUUUCCCGCUACCUCCAGAGAAUGAAGAGAGUUUACCCAGCAGUUGAAGGUCGAAUAAAAUUUUCUUCUGGAAGUCUUAUUGAAGCAAGUCUCACCCUGAUCUCCAUGCUGUUCACUGUAACAUUCUUGCACACUUGAUUUUUUGUUUGGAGCAAUACAGGAGAAGAGAUGAUACCGAGGAAGCUGUAACAGACCUGUUCCCUUCUGUUGCACCUUACAAUGAAUGAGCAGUGAGGUUGCUGCAUGUCAGCAGUGAGCAGCCCCCUGCCUUGUCUUUAACCUGGUGGUGCCACUGGAGCACUGUGUGCAGAGCAAGGGGGCACAAUCCACACCUUUUCUUGGUCAGAAUCAGCAGGUACCUGAAACUGAGGUCUCAAAAGCAAAGUUCCAGUGAAUACUUACUUACUGCUCAAUCAUAAAACAGAGAGACUGAAAUGGGGUAUUAUAAAUUGUCAAAUUCUUUUAGCUGCUUUAGACGGUGAGUUAAGAACCCGAUUCCAGGCAUAAACAAGCUUCUAGAAAUGGAUUUAUUAUAGCUGUAUAUUCCUUUCUUUGAUCUCCACUCAGGGUUAAGGUAUUCAAUCUAGUAUCUACUUUGCUUCCAGUCAUAUUUAUCAUACCUACAUGAAUGCCUGAAAGAGCUGGAUUAAACUCUGUGCCAUUAAAAUCAGGAGGUCUACUUAAUAUGCAAUUUUUAAAAGUUUUUCUUUUACUACUGAGAAAGCAAUAUCCCACUUUUAUUUUCCAUUAAUAAAGGAUGAAAGCUUGACUUGAUUUUGACCAAUUUUAACAUUUUGAGUAUUUUUUCUUCACUCUUAAAUAUGACCAGUUUGGGCACUGUACCUAGAAUGAGAACACAAUCUGUGACUGUAUUUCAUAUAAAUAUGCUCACUCUUAAACCUCUUCCCAAGAACAAAGCACAGGACUGCUGCCUGUUACUCUGUAUUCGCAACAUUCCACGAAAAUGUCAGAUACAGGCACUGACCCCUGCAACACUUCUGGCAUCCUUUGGAAAUAGUCAGGUAAUGGGGCUUUUUACAGCAUAACCUGGCUUUAUGAUAACUGUGAUUAUACCUCUUCUAUGGGAAGGCUGUGUUUAAAAAAAUAGUUGUAAGAAACAGGAUAAUAAGUAUGAAACAGAUUAAAUGCUAAAUGUACAUUGCUGAUGCUUUAUCAAGAAAUGAUUGCUUAUAAACAAGGGUGAAAAUAUCAUUAUUUUUCUAAGGCUACUGGGAAUUUUGACAUCAACGUGGUUCAGUUGCUUAAUGCUGUUUUAAACUGAUUGUUUUGAAUAAACCUGCUAUGUUUUCCUGGAAA